AAAGAAAAAGAAAAAAAAAAAAAGAAAAAAGAAGAUUCAACUUCCGAAUACAUUUUUCCAGAGCUUCGUUUCCGCUUCCCUGAGCCAAUCGAAAUCGAGGACUACGCUUUUACCAAAUCAAAUGCCAUUGUCUGCUUUACAAAUAUAGAAAAAAAAAAACUACCCCUUGAGCGCACAGUGCAGCUAUUUGACAAUUUUUGUUCCUUGACUUUCCUUCAGUUAAAGAUGAUUAAUAGGGUAAAAACAUUUUUCCAUUAUUCGCCACAAAUAAGACAAGCAAUGUAUAAACGCCCCCCCCAUUGUGUGGAAAAAAAAGUAAAUUUCCCUCAAAACAUAUAACGUGACGAUAAAAAACAGAGUCCCGAAAAAAGGACUGCAUUUAUCUUACGGGAUUUGUAAUUCAUGCAAAUGGAUUUUUCUGUGUACCUAAACUUCGUCCCCAUCGACGUGUACAAUUUUCCCUUAUUGGGCCAUUGGCGUAGCAUCUAUUUCAAAGGCAUCCACGUUUAUGCAAUCGAGUCAAUCACUUAUUUUUUACCUAUGACUGUCAAUGCCAUACUUUUUUUACAAUGCUCAAAGAAAAAGCUGUGUGCCCUAGCGCCCACAUUGGUUGAUCAGCAGUCGCGUUUUCCUGACACACAUCGUUUUAUUGUUGAAAAAAACUUUUCGCUAGGACACCUAAAUUGCAUAGAUGACAUGCAAUUCUUACAAAGCAGAUUGUAAUAGAAGUUUACAAUAAAGCCGUCAUGAACAAUCACGCAGUAUAAAUCGAAAGAAUAUACGAC